UUCACUGGAGGAAAGACAAGAGGUUUCUAUUUCUACUUGGCUGUGCAUUGACGAAAUGUGGAGCUCUAUUGAAUUCAAAGUAUUUGCCGUGCUGAUAUUUGCUGUUGGUGUGUGGUCUGAUUGCCGUGAGGUGGACUGGUCCGAUAGCUUCAACAAGAUGGGAAUGUCCCAGUGUGACCGUGUUGGUGACAUCAUCCAGGGUUUCUGUCGAAGUGACUUCUCUCCAGUCUUAGACAGCAUCGCGUUACUGGAGAGUGCUAUCUGCUGCACCAAGCCUACGCCAUGGGGAGAAAGCUACGAGUAUCGCACUGCUAAUUGGUGGAGGUUGUUUGGUACAGCAAACACCUCCGCUGAAUGUCCAGUUGGAGGUUUCCUUACAGGGCUGUUUAGAUCAAAUGGCUGGCAAAUUAUGAACAUUGAAGAAGGACGCUGUACCAGAGCACCAGGCCAUCCGCCUCGUUACGAGUAUUGUUACGAGCACGAUAUCUCUUCUUGCUUUGACAAGUCAGGCUGCUGCACUUGUAACAACGGCACCUACGUUGUUGGUCUGUACCGCGGAUACUGUGAUGCUCUGUACUGUUUAACUAAACUCCGCUGCUGUUCGUUUAUCCAGAAAGAGUAACGUUUGACGGAGGAAAAAAGACCAUAUGAAAUAUAAAUUAACAUUUUUGAUCACUGUUUUGACAGAAAAUACAUUAAAACAUCGAACGUCAUUUCUUAUUUGGAUGCCAGAAGAGAAAAUUAAAUAAAAAUUUAUCUAUG